AUGUUGCUCCGGUUGUUAGAAGAAGCGGGAUAUAUUAGUGAUGGUCUUAUUCAUAAAAGUAAGUGGCCAGUUAAUCACGUAAUGGAUGCACCCCAACAAGUUGGCGGGGGCGACUGUGGGAUGUACAUCCUGAAAUACUACGAGUUUCUAACCUCAAAUGUUGACCUAGCCAAAAUUUCCCAUGACCUCAUGUCCUUCUUUCAGUUGAAGCUUGCUUUACAGUUGUUGCAGGGAUAUUGGUAG